AUGUCUGGUUCAUCAGUAGUCGAUAGUGCGGCCACCCCAAUAUCUGGAACAUUUGUCAGUUUCCGAGCCAUUGCAGCAGGCUGCGUUAUUGGGAUCUUGACCAAUCUAUCAAACACAUACUACGGCCUCCAGACCGGCUAUAGCAACCAGGGAGACCUCACAGCAUCACUUCUGGGCUUCGCCGUCUUCAAAGCUCUCUCUCGAGUCUUUCGCAUCCGCGAGCUAUCAAUCCACGAAAAUGUGUUGAUUACGAGUGCCUCCACAGCCGCAGGCUGUAUGCCCGUCACCGCAGGUUUUACCAAUACGAUUCCUGCACUGGAGUUUGUGAUCAAGCGAACAGAUGGCGGACCUGUGGUCUUUUCAUGGCUGCAGCUUACGCUCUGGUCGUUCGGCCUGGCCUUUUUCGGCCUGAUAUUUGCUUCGGUGCUCCACGAUAGAUUGAUAGUUAGAGAGAACUUGCCAUGGCCUGGCGCGAAAGCUUUUGCUGCAUCUCUGGAUGUUCUGUACAAUCGCAUGCCUGUGCAGCUGCCAAGAGGCCGUCGAAUUUCUGAACAGACGACACUGACUGCGCAAGCUGGCGAAACACGACAUGAUGAGGAUCCGGCCAAGGCAAACGAUCAAGACUGGUUGAAUCGUUUUCGAUUACUGUUCAUGGCGGGAAGCAUUGGGAUGGUGAUAACGAUUCUGAUGUACUUUGUUCCGAUUUCGCGCCGGUUGCCUGUUCUAGGGUCAUACUUAGCCAAGAACUAUCUCUGGACUGCCAGCAUCUCGCCUGGAUACUUUGGAGGUGGCAUUAUCACGGGCCCGGUCAUCUCUUUGCAUAUGCUGGCUGGAGCCAUCUUUGGUUGGGGCAUACUGGCAUCGAUCAGCAAAAGUCAUGGCUGGGCAAACGGUCCGGCUGACGAUUGGGAGACUGGCAUCCGCGGAUGGGUCACCUGGGUCAGUCUGGCAGCUCUAAUGGCUGAUACAGUGGUGAAGCUUGGUUCAUACAUUAUCGAAGCUUUUACAACAAGCUUCCCACGGAAGAGAAUCGAGACUCUGCGUCUUUCCCCAGGACCCGUGGCCAGAACACCUCUCUGGCCAACCGGGAGACGGCACAGCUCUCAAGACACGCCUGGCAUUCGUGAUCGUCUUCUUGGAGACCAUUCAUCCACUCUGGAAAGCACUGACGAGUCUCGCAAUCAAUCGGUUGCGGCCAAGGGACAGAAGAAUCUGGGACAGUCCCUCAAAGUGACCAAGUCUGUUGGCCUUGCAUUCCUUGUGUCGAUCUUGGUGUGUUGUUUUGCUAUCACUUUCUUGAUCAAAGCUAUGCGAUGGUACUUGGUGUUACUCGCUGUGUUGUUGUCACUUCCGAUGGCGUACGUGGGCAUACGUGUGCUAGCCGAGACAGACUUCAACCCACAAAGUGGUUUAGUCUCGCAGUUAGUGUUUGCAGUGAUCCUCACAGGAAACAACCCCUCGGCAAUCCUCCUGAACGUCGUCGCCGCUGGAGUCGCUACAGCCGGCUCAAGUCAGGCCGGUGACUUGGCGUACGACUUCAAGAUAGGACACGAUGUCGGUGUACCGCCGAAGUCGCAGCUCUACGCACAGAUCGUGGGCUCAGUCUUUGGUGCCUUCAUCUCGACAGGAAUCUAUCGGCUUUACACAUCGACAUAUCAGAUGCCGAGCACGUUAUUCCCUUUACCUGCCUCACUGCUGGACGUCACCAGGGCAAAGCUCCUCCACGGACGGGGGUUGCCCCCUGGAGCAGGGCAGUACGCGAUAGGGGUGGGCAUCUUCUUCCUCGUGACGUCUUGCGUUAAGAUCGUGUACGCGAAUCGAUGGUGGCAAAAUCUGAUUCCUAAUGCGACGUCGUUCGCUAUUGGCAUCUUUUUGGUCCCUUCGUUCACCAUUUCACGUGCAGUUGGGGGCAUCCUCUUCUGGUACCUCGUGCAUGUUCGGCACAUGCAGCGUGACCCGAUUCUGGUUGUGGGCUCCGGCUUGGUGCUGGGAGAGUCCUUGGGUAGUGUUGUAAAUUUGUUGUUAGAAGCAUCACGAGUACCCACUCUGUAG